AUGGCCGCAAACGAUAUUGAAGCUUUGGUGCCAGAGCCUUCGCUUAAGAACGAACAAUUCGAUGCCAUCGAGAAGGAAACCGACACUAAGGAGGCGGAGAUUGAGCUGUCGCUGGACUCUGACAAAAACAGUAAUGGCAAUUCUGAGUUGAGCAAGUGGCAAAGAAUCAAAAUCAGAUUCCCAUGGGCUCGUUUGGCUCUUCACGUUUUCGUGGGGAUGUUUUUCACUGCUUGGUGGAUUUCUAUCUUGGUCCAGAAGAAGCACAGACCAAAGUGGUUGAUUCCAACCGUUUUUUACGGUAUGCUCAUGGUGAGAUUGAUCUCAUGGCACUCGAGAAUCUUGUACCACAUGCUUCAUGUGGUGCAAAAGGUGUGGUACUACGCCUGUGACAUUGUCUACACCAAGUUGCUUCCCAACAGAAACCACAGAUUGCUUGCUGGAGCAACCGUCACUCUCGCUGUUGUUUUGGUUGGAACUUUCGUCACCGAAGAGUCUGAGUACUCUUUGAGAAAGGAUAGAGCCGUUUCCUUCUUUGGUUUGGUGUGCUCUGUUGCAGGGUUGUGGGCCACUUCAAAGAACAGAAGCAAGGUCAACUGGAACGCUGUCAUUGGAGGUGUUUUGAUGCAAUUUAUCAUUUCGCUUUUCGUGUUGAGAACUAGCGCAGGUUAUGAUAUCUUCAACUUUAUCUCCACAUUGGCCAGAGAAUUAUUGGGUUUCGCUAAGGAUGGUGUGGCAUUCUUGACCAGCAAGUCUGUUUCCCAGAUUGGUAUGUUCUUCUUCUCUGUUUUGCCUGCCGUGGCUUUCUUCGUUGCAUUCGUCCAUAUCUUUUACUACUUUGGUAUGAUCCAAUGGUUCAUUGGUAAGUUCGCCAAAUUCUUUUUCUGGUCGUUGAGAAUCUCUGGUGCUGAAGCAAUCACUGCUUCUGCUUCGCCAUUUAUUGGUAUGGGUGAGUCUGCCAUCUUGAUUAAGGAUUUAUUGCCUCACUUGACUUUGGCAGAGUUGCAUCAGGUCAUGACCUCCGGUUUCUCUACCAUUUCUGGUGCAGUCUUGGUUGGAUACAUUGGUUUGGGUUUGAGUGCUCAGGCUUUAGUGUCCUCGUGUGUCAUGUCCAUUCCAGCCUCCAUUGCUGUCUCCAAGUUGAGAUAUCCAGAGACUGAGGUGCCUUUGUCGCAGGGUACUGUCAAAUUUGCCGAGGACAUUGACGAGAACCACAAAAGACCAAAAAACGUCUUGCAGGCCUUCUCCGAAGGUGCCAACUUGGGUCUUUUCACUGCUGCCACCAUGUUGGUGCAAUGCUUGUGUAUCAUUGCCCUUGUUGCCUUGAUCAAUGGUGUGUUGACUUGGUUCGGUAAAUUCUGGAACAUUGGACAUUUGACCUUGGACUUGAUCUUUGCUUACAUCUUCUACCCACUCACCUUCUUGCUUGGUGUUCCAAGAAAUGAGAUCUUCACCAUUUCUAAGUUGGUUGCUACCAAGUUCAUCCAGAAUGAGUACGUUGCCUACUCCAUGUUGAUCAACGAGUCUCCAUACAAGGAGUUGUCCGACAGAGGUACUUUAAUUGCCACUUAUGCUCUUUGUGGAUUUGCCAACCUUGGAUCUUUGGGUAUCACCUUGGGAGUGUUGAACACCUUGAGUAAGGGUAAGAGAUCUGCUGAUAUCUCAAAGACCAUUUUCUCUUCUUUAUUCUGUGGAUUUGUUGCCACCAUGAUGUCUGCUGCCAUUUCGGGAAUGGUCAUCCACGAUUUGUCUGGAUUUGUCACCAGAAAGGCGCUGUAG